GUUGAUUCAGUCACUCACUCACAUCGUCUCCGGGGCUCUCACGUCGGUCUUUGUGGAGUGGAGAGCGCGCAGGCGAGAGGAGCAACCACAUAAACACGAGCUUUUUUACACCUAACUCAAACACGGAUUUACCCUGAGCUCCACGCUGAAAAUCACCGCUUAAGAAGACGAAGAAGAGGUCAGUGAGCGAGCGCUGCGUGAGGAAUACAUGAAGCACGGGGCGGGGGAGGGGCGCCCACCAUAAGAGGAAGCAUCAGCAAAGAAGGCCGAGGAGGUCAAAGUUCAUGCAGGAGUGCUAUGAUUGAUGAGGAUUAGGAAGCGGAUUUGGACCUAAUAGGAAAACACAGCAACGAGCGACAGAACGAGCACGGCGACCAGAGAAGACGAGAAGAGAGAGAGUGCAGAACUUUAAUGGCGUCCCGGUAGAGACUUGAAGAUGAACACGUUACCGUCCAUGGACCGGCACAUCCAGCAGACCAAUGACAGGCUGCAGUGCAUCAAACAGCACUUACAGAACCCGGCCAACUUCCACUCGGCAGCUACGGAGCUGCUAGACUGGUGUGGAGAUCCCCGGGCCUUCCAAAGACCUUUCGAGCAAAGUCUCAUGGGAUGUCUGACGGUGGUGAGCCGCGUUGCAGCUCAGCAAGGCUUCGAUUUGGACCUGGGCUACCGGUUGUUAGCAGUGUGCGCGGCUAACAGAGACAAAUUCACACCCAAGUCUGCAGCCCUGCUGUCGUCGUGGUGCGAGGAGCUGGGACGUCUGCUGCUGCUGCGUCACCAGAAGAACCGGCAGAACGAGCCCCCGGGAAAAGUGCCCAUGCAGCCCAGCCUGAGCAGCAUGAAGCCCGGACUCACGCACAGUGAUGGGUCCUUUCCUUACGAGUCUGUGCCCUGGCAACCAAACACUAACCAGCCUCCUGGGUCCCUGUCUGUGGUUACGACCGUGUGGGGUGUCACCAACACCACACAGAGCCAGGUUUUGGGGAACCCGAUGGCAAACAGUAACAACCCUAUGAAUCCCGGAGGUAACCCGAUGGGCACAGGCAUGUCGGGUAGUGGAGGAGGCAUGAACUCGCCUCAGUUCAACGCGCAGCAGCAGCAGUUUCCAAACAAAGGAGGCUCCAACCAGGCCUACAUGCAGCAGGGCAUGUACGGCCGACCAGGCUACCCAGGAGGCCCUGGGGGGUACAGUGGCAGUUAUUCUGGAGGUCCAAACUCGGCUCCUGGAGGGAUGGGCAUGGCGUCUCACACUCGGCCUCCCGGUGACUUCACACAGCCGGCCGCCGCCGCUGCAGCUGCUGCUGUCGCCGCUGCUGCUGCCACGGCAACAGCUACGGCAACCGCCACCGUGGCAGCACUGCAGGAGACCCAGAAUAAAGACAUGAAUCAAUACGGACAGAUGUGUUCUUCAUUUCAAAUGGGCCCCACACAAGCCUACAACAGCCAAUUCAUGAACCAGCCUGGUCCCAGAGCACCUCCUGGAGGCAUGGGCUCAGGCAUGAAUAAUCCCAACAUGAGCGGGCCUCCCAUGGGCAUGAAUCCGGCCCGAGCACCUGGCAUGGGCCCCUUUGGAGGGCACGGCCAGAGGAUGCCUCAGCAGGGCUACCCCGGAGGUCCCAGACAGGGCAUGCCUAUGCAGGGCAUGAAGAGGCCAUAUCCGGGAGAUGGAGGUUAUGGUGGUCAGCAGUAUGGACCUAACAGUCAGUUCCCACCUCAACAAGGCCAGUACGGCUCCUCCAACGCAUCAAGACCUCUCCCCUCUCCAAACUACCCUGGACAGAGGAUGCCCGGGCAGCAGGGGCAAGGCCAGUACCCUCCUGGAGUACCCAUGGGCCAGUACUACAAGCCUGAGCCUUUUAAUGGUCAGAGCAACAAUUUCUCUGGAGGAGGUUACUCUUAUGGCCAAGGGAAUGGGCCUAGGCCAGGUAACUACCCUCACUCACCUGUCCCUGGGAACCCCACACCCCCCAUGACCCCAGGAAGUAGUAUACCCCCAUAUCUGUCGCCCAACCAGGACGUCAAGCCCCCAUUCCCCCCUGACAUGAAACCAAAUAUGACUGCGCUUCCGCCCCCUCCAACUAAUCCCAAUGAAGAGCUCCGGCUGACGUUCCCUGUCAGAGAUGGAGUGGUGCUGGAGCCCUUCCGCCUGGAGCACAACCUGGCUGUCAGUAACCACGUCUUCCACCUCCGGCCCUCCGUCCACCAGACCCUCAUGUGGAGGUCAGACUUGGAGCUGCAGUUCAAGUGCUACCACCAUGAGGACAGACAGAUGAACACGAACUGGCCAGCCUCAGUACAGGUCAGUGUGAACGCCACGCCCCUCACCAUCGAGAGAGGGGACAACAAGACGUCCCAUAAGCCCCUGCACCUCAAGCACGUGUGCCAGCCCGGGAGGAACACCAUCCAGAUCACCGUCACCGCCUGCUGCUGUUCGCACCUGUUUGUGCUGCAGCUGGUGCAUAGGCCAUCUGUGCGCUCCGUCCUCCAGGGCCUGCUCAAGAAGAGACUGCUGCCCGCCGAGCACUGCAUCACCAAAAUAAAGAGGAACUUCAGCAGUGUAGCAGCGUCGGCAGGUAACACCACUCUGAAUGGGGAGGAUGGAGUGGAGCAGACGGCCAUCAAAGUCUCCCUCAAGUGUCCCAUAACUUUCAGAAGAAUCCAGCUCCCGGCACGGGGCCAUGACUGCAAACAUGUCCAGUGUUUUGAUUUGGAGUCAUAUCUUCAGCUCAACUGUGAGAGGGGGACAUGGAGGUGUCCUGUAUGCAAUAAAACAGCGUUACUAGAAGGAUUGGAAGUGGACCAGUACAUGUGGGGAAUCCUCAAUGCCAUUCAAAAUUCGGAGUUCGAGGAGGUGACCAUCGACCCGACGUGUAGCUGGAGGCCGGUGCCUAUCAAAUCGGAGCUGCACAUCAAAGAGGACCCUGACGGACCACUGGCCAAACGCUUCAAGACCAUGAGCCCCAGUCAGAUGACCAUGCCCAAUGUGAUGGAGAUGAUCGCUCAGCUGGGGCCCGGACCUGGUCCAGGGGCACAAGGGCCCAGUCCAUACCCUCCACAUCCGGGGCAGCAUGGCGGCGGCAACGGAGGGGACUACCCAGGACCAGGCAACAGUUACCACGGACAGGGAAACUUUGACUUCCCUCAUGGUAACCCUUCUGGAGGAGUGGGAGGAGGUCCCCCCAUGAACGACUUUAUGCACGGACCUCAACUGUCUCACCCCCCUGAUGCCCCGGGAGGUCUGCUGUCCCAGGACAAGCCCCUCAGCCAUGCCAUGAGCGAAGCUAUGUCCCACCCCGAUCAGACCCAUAGCUCCAUGCAGCCGAGCUUGCAUGCAUCUCCGCACGCCGGCAGCCAAUCGGGGCCGCCCUUGCAUCACAGUGGCCAAUCAGGGCAGCCCUUGCAUCACAGCGGCCAAUCAGGGCAGCCCUUGCAUCACAGCGGCCAAUCAUCGCAGCCUCCUCGCCAGUCGCAGCCGCCUCCCUCCGCGCAGCCCCCGCCUCCUCAGCCACAGCAGCAGCCUGGCCCGAACAGUCACCCGCACAGUGAUCUGAACUUUAACCCCUCGUCAGAUGGAUCGCUGGGGCCCGGAGCCCAGGACAUGCCUGAGCCCUCCCUGGAUCUGCUCCCAGAGCUGCCCAACCCGGAUGAGCUUCUGUCGUACCUGGACCCCCCGGACCUCCCCACCAACAGCAACGACGACCUGCUCUCCCUCUUUGAGAACAAUUAGACUCACCUCAGCCCCCUGUAACCCGCCCCCUAUGCUCAUGCACACUUGCACUCACCAAGACCUCCACAACUGUAUGACAUAGGAAUACAACCGGAGGGCUUUCAAGCAAAAAGACGCCUAUACGAACCGAACUGGGAGGCAGAUGUUGUAUUGCGCACUCCUCUUUUUCUACCCAAAUGUACAAGAUUCAACGCACCAGUUCGUCACACCUGACUAUCUCUCUUUCUCUGGCCUUUUCGGCGCGCACUAAUGACAUAUUCUGUAUAUCUACGAUAUUUGUGACUAUGAAACCGUGCAGCUAUAAACACGUCUAAAAAGAAAAGACAACAUGAAAGGGGAAAAAAGUGUUGGCGCUUUUUUUUAAUCAUUUGUUAAAAAGAGACACGAUUUUGAGGGGAACGUCGGAGUGUUUUUAUCUGAUUUCGAAAAAUGUGUUCUUCCAAAAUUCUUGGCACAUGCCGUGAUGUUUUUGACCCCCGCUUCCUGGCUUGUGCAUGAAUGUAACGUAUGUAUGCAGUGUGAAUGUAUGGCUUUUCCCAUAGACUGAAACUGGAAUUCCACCUCAUCCGACUCUGCGCACUGAAAGACCGGAAAGCCAAGUGUAGUAUCAGGCGUGCUUGAGUUUUUUGAAUGUUUUUUUGUUUGAUUUUACGUGUGAAUUUUAAGGGGAGAAAUCAUGUCUGAAGAAUGAAAAAUACUCACUUUUUAUUUACCAACAUGGCCGCAUAAACUAUGGUAUUUAUUGUCAGCUUUUCCUCGUCCACCUCUCCUAAUGUGCAUGUGUGCCAAUGGCUCCCAAUGUCCUUGUCCAGCUUAAAUGUGCUUCAACAAAUCAUAUUUAUUAUUUUAUCUAAAAUUCACUUUUUUAUUUUAUAUCUUUAGUUUUAUUUUUAUCUCUCUCCCCAUCGGAUAUACUGUCCAUCACCAAAGCUGUCCUAUCCUACUUGUUGUAAAAGCUGGAUAACAACAUCUUUCUGACAACUUUUCCAAAAUGGCUGUAUUUUAUAGACGUGUCCGUGUGGUCGUAUUGAUGUUGAUUUUUGUUACUGUUGAACUGUCUUUUAGGGAAAGAAAAAACAUCGUGCAUGAUCCAACAGUGUUUCCAGACCUGUUGUAUAUACCCAUGUGAAUAGCUUGUGUCUGUACAGUACUGGACCUUUCUAUUACUGCUACAUGGUACUGUUUAGGCCCUAUACACAUACACACACAGUACACAGAAUAGUCCACUUGUGAAAUGAACCCACUGGCCUUCUGCUGUGUGCCCUGUUGCCACAAACAAUGCAGCAAUUGUUUUUGUACAAUUUAAUAUUAUAGGCAAUCAGAAGAAGAAUCAGAAUGCUCUGUCUUAGUCCAAAUUAUUGUUAAAGCAGCUGUAAGUUGAAUAGAAAUUUUAUUCAGACGUAAUAAUGUUGGAACACCACCCAUUGUAUUUAAAUGUGCUAACACGUUCUCUACUCAAAAAAUGCUCUAUUUUUAAUGACAUUUGAUUUUUUUAUUUUUUUAUCUUUAAGUUAUUUUUGCCCUGUUUUUCUUGGUCUAAUUUGGUUCAGAAACAUGUGCAUUACAGUAUGUCAGUUAGGAGCAUAUUGUGUGCACACCAAGUAUCCCUCUCUGAUAGUAAAAGCUAAGGACACUGUUGAAGGAUGUGUUGUUGUGUUGUUCUAUGUGGAGACAAAGCACUGCUGCAUGGAGGCGCCUGGUCCAUACACAGUGUAACUGUAAGCUUUCACUACAUCCUGUCUAUGAGCCCCAUCCCAGUCUGUACUGUCCCAUCACAGGCAGCAGAAAGGAGUUGGGAAAUCAAAAGAGAAUGCAAUGAAUAUGCUAAAAUGAGUCGAAGUAGGACCCUUGUGAGGGUGUGUGGGAGGCUUGGGGGGUAUCACAUAUGUGUAUAUAAUGUAAAUGACAAAUAGAGACACGUUAACAGAAAUGUAUUCAUUUUCUCCAGGAGGAGUGUGCAUAGUGUAUUUAGAAUUUGUAAAGCUUGCAUCCUCCUGUCACCUUGGAUUGGGAAAAUGAGUCUGUGUUUGUCUGUGCAGACCGCUAACACGCCUGUUCAUGUAUGUAAAAUACUUUAUGUACCCCUCCACAGGGUUUCUAAGAAAAAACACUCUUGCUUUGUGUAAUAUUCAACUUCCGUGUAUUUCUCUAUGACCUGUGUACUUUAUAAAGGUGCUACUAAAGUAUCAAAACCUUUUGAGGUCAAUUGGGACUUGGAGACACAAAGCCAUGGGAGGCUUUCUACAGCUGUUUCCAAAUUUACACUUUGUAAAACUUUGUCAAAUUUAUAAUUUUUAUGUGAUUUGGCAAAAUCUGCUAUAAAGGUACAGUCUGAAAUGAUUGGCACAACAGGUGGCAGUUGUCUCUUGGUUUUUGUACAUUCUAUGUACAAUCAUUUCAUAUUCUAAACUGGUCAGAACAUUGUGAUUUUUAGUGUUGCAAAUCUGUAUGUAGUUAGAUGAUGUGACAUCCUAAUAUUUAUCUAAUAAAUAUGUAUUCAGACGAAA